AUGUCGAACCUAUCAAAGCUUGAAUUCACCGCACUUGACAUCUCGGGUAACAACUACCUCCCAUGGACUCUUAAUGCUAAAAUUCAUUUGACGGCAAAUAAUUUGGGGGAGACAAUUAUUGAUGGUAAUCAAACUUCACCUCAAGAUAAAGCGAAAGCUAUGAUAUUUCUCCGCCAUCGUCUUCACGAAGAUCUAAAGCGGGAAUAUCUAACUGUUGAGGACCCCCUUGAAUUAUGGACAAACAUCAAAGAACGUUUUGACCACCAGAAGAUGGUCUUACUCCCCAAAGCUCGCUAUGAAUGGCUUCAUUUACGACUACAGGAUUUUAAGACUGUCAGUGAAUAUAAUUCUGCCUUGUUCCGCAUUACAUCUGAGUUAAAAUUAUGUGGUGAAAAAAUAAUCGAUGAAGACAUGCUUGAAAAAACUUUCUCAACGUUCCAUGCCUCAAACAUGCUCCUGUCGCAGCAAUACCGGGAAAGUAAAUUUACUAAAUAUUAUGAAUUGAUAUCAUGUCUUUUGAUCGCGGAGCAAAACAACAAGCUCCUAUUACAAAACCAUCAAUCGCGACCCGCCGGUGCAAGCCCAUUCCCUGAAGCGAAUGUGGCCAAUUAUCAAAGUGGACGAGGUAGAGGUAGAGGUCGCGGCCCCAGCAGAGGCCGUGGUCGUGGUCGAGGACGAGGAUAUACAUGGCAUCGAGAGUCCCAGAACAUUAAAAAUAACGGUGGUGAAUCGAGUCAACACAAUACGGGGCGACCUUCGAAAGGGAAAAGUAGCGGGAACCAAAACAACAUUUGUUAUAAAUGUGGGAUGUCAAAUCAUUGGUCCCGCACAUGUCACACCCCUAAACACCUCGUUGAGGCAUAUCAACGCAUGAUAAAAGAAAAAGGAAAGAAUGCUGAAACUAAUCUGAUUGAGGAUGCACCUUCAGCCACGAUAUCAGACGUUCAUUUGGAUGCAUGUGAUUUCAUUGAAAAUGUUCGUGAUGUUUAA